AUGCCGGACGAGACGACGCAACAGAGGACUGAGCGUCAGGCGCGUCUCUCUCACGCGAUGGGCGUCAUGUUCCUCCAAGACAAGGUCGACAAGCUCGAGCAGGACGUCAGCAAGAUCACCUACCCGCGCGGCGUGCACAAGACGAGAAGCAGCCCAAUUGCCCUUCAUGGCGCCACAAUCACGCGACACGAUCAGUCCAAGCCUCGAGCUGUCACCGGUUCUGGUGUGAAUCCAAAGGAGGAGGCCACCACAGGUCGUACUUCCGAUGCAAAGCCCAAGACGGCCACCGCUAUCCGCCUCGUAGAUGCCAGCGUGCUCAUCUUCUCGCUGCGCAGUGUUCAUAACUGGAGCCGAGACGGAUCCACUUGCGUCAUCAUCCCUCUCGAAGCCAUAAACACACUCGACUUGCUCAAGAAAGGCGACGAGCCAAUCAACCUUGCAGCGAGAAAGGCAACGCGGUGGCUCGAGGACAAGAUUGCCAUCUCGACCCAAGACGGCAAUGCGAUGCUCACCGAGCCAGUUCCUGGCAUCUUUGCUCAGAAGGAGCACUUCCGCGCCACACCAGCUCAGAUCGCCAAGGUAAGAGAGACGACCCUAGCCGAACGCCAGUCCGUCGCACACGAUGCGAGGCACGACUUUGAGGACGCAAGCGGACCGUCGACAGCGACAAAGGACCUCUUCAAUGCGGCAGAAGCACCACGCUACCUCCGCGAGCUUCUCAGCGUCUGUCUCUACUGUCACAGCACCACGGAAGCCAAUACCGACUUUGCAAUCGCCAUCGCCUAUCCGCCCGCCCAUCUGCACGACAAGAUGCUCGAAUCGCAGACGGCCACCACGGACAAGCCCAGCUAUCUGAAUCGCACCGAUGGUCGCGCGACAGAAGCGUGGCUGGACGCAUAUCGCAUCCCAUUCGAAGUGGUGCAAACGUCGAAGACGUGGACGGGCGAGAAGCCGUCGUCUCGUUUCAGGGGCGACAUCACCGGUGGCGAUCAGGGCAUCGGCUCGUCCGAAGAUCUGCUCGGCUCAGCCCAUGGCUACAGAGGCCCAUCGCGCGGCAAAGGCUCCCCAACACCGUCUAUCGCGUCCUCUAGCGGCUCGUUCAAGUCCGAACUGAGCGGACUGUCGAUGAUGAGUUCUCACCGGAGCCCACGGCAUCGCCAGGAACCCAGAUUUGCUGGCACCACCGCACAGCUCGGCACGGUCAGAGGCAUCUCGACCUUUGCGGGGCACUCUAGUUCAGGCGCUGAUGCAAUUGCAAACAGCGAUGUGGAACCUCACAUCGACUCGACCGACGACGAGGGCCCCAUCUUCGCACGUCCUUCCUCAGCAGCAUCGUCCCACACCUCGUUCGUCUCAACACUGACCGCCUCGACGCAGGACGAAUACUCAAGCCAAACAUCGGCGUCGCACUCGUCACGAAGCGGUGCAGCACGCAUUGUGCGGCACAACGCGUCUGCCUCACCGACUCGAUCUGCAGCUGCAAUAGAGCGCGGGUCUUCCCCAGCAGAGGGCGCGCCGAGACUGACCACCCGCACGCUGCACAAGACGCGAUCUGGAGCAGAUAAGAUGGAGGAGUACCUGCGUCGGCUAGAAAGCAAUUCCACAGACCGUCGGUCGGCCGGAGCAACGCCUACGCCUGGAACGCCCACGCUGUAG